AGCAGGACUGAUGGGUCCAGUUUCACCAUCAGCGGUGCUGCUCUGGCCCACAGUGGAGAGUACCGCUGUAGAGCUGCAAGAGGAAGAAAACCUUUUUACUCAGACUACAGUGAUCCUCUGACUUUAGAAAUAUCUGUAUUAGCUCAAACAUAUCUGAUCAUGCAGUCUGGAUGGACAGAGGUCUUCCCCGAUGAAACAGUGACUCUGAGAUGUGUAAUUCAUGGCAGCUCUGCAGAGUGGAAGUAUAAAUGGUAUAGAGAUGGACGGGAGCUUCCUGUAGACAAAGCUGACUCCAGCAGUGUAAAUGAAGACACAUACACAAUCCUCUCUGCUGAUCAGUCACAUGCUGGACUGUACACCUGCAGAGGAGAACUUACAAGGAGAGCAUCUGUACACUCUCUGAUUGGCAGCUCUGCUACAUUGACUGUACGAGCUCUGCCUCAGGCGGUAGUGACCCUGGAUGAAGGAUGGAUGGGGGUCUUCAUCACUAAAGGCACUCUAGCAAUGAGGUGUGAGCUUCAGGGCUUUACUUCUGCUGACUGGAACUACACGUGGUACAGAGACGGAACUCAGAUCUCACUAAACCACACUGGAGAGAGGCACACAGUGGGAUUCUGGGACAGCUCCUCUGAUGGUGAAUAUAGAUGUAGAGGGAACAGGACAGACAGACCGUACUACUCCCUCAUCAGUGAAGGCUUCAUGCCAAGCCAUAUCAUUUACCGCGCUGUGGAGAAUGUGGUUCGGAUCUGUGUGGGCGUGGCAGUCCUCCUCUUUCUGUCAAUCCUUGUGAAUCCAGCCUUCUGGAGAUGGGUAUCACGCCGGAAAGUGGUACACAGUGGGGAGGAACUGGCUGACCAAACUGACCAUACCUGACCACAAAUGAGUUUAUUUUCGUUAUUGCUUUACUAAAUAUUACAUGACAUAUUGUAUCAUUUAUUAAAGUAGACUUGCUAAAAUAUAUAUAAAUAUGUGCAUCUUAGGGGCUUGAAGGCUUCAUGUAAUAUCUGGCAAAACGUGGCUUUGAAAUACAGGAGUUUUUGCAUAGAUAUGCCAUUAGGGAGAGUUCUCUCUCACACAGUCCUGUUCAUUGCAUUAGUUCUAAUCAGUGUAAAAUAUAAAUGUCAGCAAUAGAAGGGCAACUCAUUUUAGAGAAGAGAUAAUAAUAUAUCUGGCAUUUUCCACCUGCAUACUGUUCUUUGUGUAGGGUAGGGUAGUACAUGGGUAGGUAACUGGCCUUGUAACCUAAAGGUUACAGGUUUGAUUCCCAGGUGGGACACUGCCAUUGUGUCCUUGAGCAAGGUACUUAACCUGCAUUGCUCCAGUACAUAUUCAACUGUAUAAAUGGAUGCAAUGUAAAUUGUGUAAAAGAAGCUCUAGAUCAGAGUGUCUGCUAAAUGGCUGUAAUGUAAAUUUGGGAACUUGCCUUAACUUUGAAAAAAGGUUUUUUUCAUAUUGUAUAAACACACGUUGGACUUUCAAACCCAGCUCAACAACAAAUGAACACUGUGAUUAAACUAUCAUGUUGUCUUGAUCAAUAAAACAGAAAGAUUGA